UUGACCAGUGGAGGUGACAAAUGCUUUGUUUGGGCUGAACUAUGAUUUACAAUUUAUAGUAUCGAAAAUGCUUCAGACCUUAAACUUUUUCAGAGAAGUCUUGUGAAUGAAACGCCACCAUGGUCUAAAAGAAGAGUGUGCAGGCCUGAAGGGAAUUAUUCAUUGCUGAUGCUGGAUUCUCUGCAGAUUUAGCCAUGGCUUACCUGGUCCAGUCAACCCAUCACCAGUUCUUGGGUCUGGUGCUUGGGUUUGUAGGCUGGAUUCUGAUAGCAUCCAUUUCUGGGGUGAACGACUGGAGGAUAUGGUACGUGGAUGAUCACUCUGUCAUCACUGGAGGACUGGCCUGGGUGGGCGUAUGGAGGGUCUGUUUCAACACACACAUUUUGGAUUCGUCUGAGUUCUGCAAAAGCAUCAGCCUUACAGAUUCGUUCACACCUCCAGAGAUAGCCGCCGCCCAGGUUCUUUGCAUGACCGCCAUUGGCGUGGGGGUGGCUGCAAACCUGGUGGCUGGAUAUGCUGUUAGAAAUGCAUUCUUUGGGGUUCACAGUGGGCAUGUAAGACUGACCUUUGUGAUAGCGGGUGCCUUGUACUGGCUAACUGCAGCAUGCUCACUUGUCCCUGUGCUCUGGAAUAUGACUUCUGUAUUGUCAAAUCUCACAAUAGACUUCCCCCCAGACUUCUACAUACCUCCUGCCCCAUCAAGACAGGAAGUGGGUCCAGGGAUUGGGAUUGGGAUUGGCUCAUCUAUAUUACUUAUAAUAAGUGGACUAAUCUUCCUGUGCUUCACACAUCCCAUCAAAACUAAAACGCCUAAAAGUGGGGCCAUGGAACAUUUGGGUAAUGUAAAUCUCAAGGCUGAUGACUUUCUUGGUACAAUUACAGAGAGUACGGAUGAGGGAAGGAUCAACCCAGCCUUUGAGUCAGUGGGGAACCUUUAAUGAUAAAGUAUGAUCAUUCUCUGGAAGAACAUCAAAGGUUCUAAACACAAAUCUUCAGGAACUUUGACUAAUUCCUGUAGUUUAGAGCUUUGAAUCAGGCUAAAUAUCUAAAAAUUUAUACAACAGUUAUUUCUGGUAUAACAGCACUGGAAAGUUUCACUGUUUGUAUCACUCCAAUUGUCUUUACUUGCAACAUAGAAUUCCAGUUAUUUGUUAAUUUUAUGUAACUUUUUUUAUUGAUGUAUCAAAACUAUAUAUAAUAGCUGGCCAUGUUGUGUCUAAAUUUGAUGUUGAAUCUGAUAUUAACUUGUUUUUAGGAAUGUUGUACAAAAGCAGUAUCACAUAACUAGUUGUGCUGAUGUACUGAAUAUCAGCACAGCUGUGAUUGUAAGUUGAGGGGCACAGGUAGUCAACAGCACGAUUGCAAAAUAUUGACUCUUCCCACAGACAAUACAGAACCUUUCCAUUUGUUAUUUCCACCUGAAUUUAGCAGGUUAAAUGUAGUAAACGUAUUUAUCUUAAUAAUUAUAAUAUAUAAUUAUAAUAAAAUAUAUACACCAUAUUUAUGUGUAUAUAUAAUUAUAUAAUUAUACUUAAUUAUUUCAAAUAUAUAAUUAUAUCACAAUUCGUUCUGUUAUAUUAACAAAAAGAAAAUUACGGUGGCCCGAGUAGCUCAGUGAGUAAAGAUGCUGACUACCACACAUGAAGUUGCAAGUUCGAAUCCAGGGUGUGCUGAGUGACUCCAGGCAGGUCUCCUAAGCAACCAAAUUGGCCCGUUUUGUUUUUUUAGGCCAUUUAUGUUGGUAUCAAAUAUAUAAUGUUAAGUGUCUGAGAGAUAAUACUAGACUUUUAAAAAAAAAAUUCUCUCAAUUUCUUUUUAACAAUGUGCAGGACAUGUACAAUAAAAAUGGUAUCUGUUAUCAAAUACAGUCAUUGUGCAUGCUAUUAUUUUAUAAUGGCCAUAAUAAACACGUUUAUCUAUU